AUGGGUCUAGCUGCCACUAGAACCAAACAAAGGUUCGGUUUGGAUCCCAGAAAUUCCGCUUGGAGUAAUGAUACAGGAAGGUUCGGUCAUCAAUACUUGGAAAAGCAAGGCUGGAAACCUGGAAAAAGUUUGGGAUUGGUUUCUGACGGGAUGUCUACUAAUAUUAAAAUAUCUAUAAAAGAUGAUAAUCUUGGUUUAGGAGCAAAAUUGAAAAAUAAAGAAAAGCAAGAUGAAUUUGAUAGCGGUGAAUGUGCUGGUCUUGACGUGUUUCAGAGAAUUCUAGGUAGAUUGAAUGGCAGGGAAACCGAGGUUUCGAAUGAACUCGAGAAUCAGAGGAAAUAUGAUAUUAUUAAUGGUAAAUGGGGUAUUAAUUUUGUUAAAGGUGAAGUGUUAGCCAGUACUUGGGACAAUGCAACCAAAACCUUAAAGUCAUACAGCAAUUAUAGGCAUGAUGAGGAUGUUAGUGAUAGGGACGGAAAUGAUUUAAAGAAGGAGAGGAAGGAGAAGAAGGAGAAGAAGGAGAAGAAGGAGAAGAAAGAGAAGAAGGAGAAGAAAGAGAAGAAAGAGAAACACAGUAAGAACAAGAAGGAGAAAAGGAAGCUCAAAAGCGAUGAUAUUGAUGAAUUGGAGCAUAACAAAACCAAGAAGGUCAAAAGAUCUAAAGAUAACUCUGAAACAGCAGUCACUCCGGAAAGCAUGUUGGAGGCAAGAGAAUCUGCUGCAAUUGUUCCUAGCUCAAUAAGUACUAGACUGUCAGUUCGGUCGAAGUGGAUAAGACAAAAGCGUGCAGCUGUCAUGGACUCUCAGGCACUGAAAGAAAUCUUUAUGGUUACUAAAUCAUAG